AUGGAGAGGAUUGAUUGUGUGCAACAUGAUCCUGAAGGUCGCUUCUGGGUAGCCUAUGGCUCCGGCCCUGGGGUGAAGGUCUCCGGGUACCCCUCCAAGGGUGGUGUCUAUGUCCUGCGUAACUGUUUCGGCGUAGAGCUGGACUUUCUUGGGCUUGACCGGUUCAAUGACACCGAACGCCCAUCCAAGUUAGAUCCCGAUUGGCAAGCGAAAGAGGACGCACACUGCGACAGGAUGCGUCGCCUCGGCGCUACCUGGUGGCGAAGCGAAUCCAGUGAAUUUUGGGAGCGUGGACUGGAGCCCCCAAAGUCUACGGAUGGCUAUCUCCGAGUGGGCUGGCCGGCUGCAGGUGGUGUAUGGGUGUUACACACGACACGGGGUAACGCAAGCGAUAUAGGGGCAGCACGGAUUCACAACGCGCAUGAUAUGGAGGAACGGUGCAGGUGGAUCGAAAAGCUGGGAGGUGUCUUCUACGCUGACCCCAAGGACUGCCCCUAUCUUGACCUUCCUUGA